AUGCCGAUAAUUAGGCUAAUCACCACCACCACCAUAAUUUCCCUCCUCAUCCUCAUCCUCUCCUCCACAUUUUCUUUCCCUGUUGUUGUUGCCUCGUUGGAUCAACGAGGCAGCAGCAACAACAACGACAAUGCGUCAAACACAACCUCGUGGUGCGACGAGACACCGCACCCGGACACGUGCAGGCACUACACGAGUCACGUCACCUGGCCGCACGGGACCCAGCCGGGGGCCGGGAGGUCGGAGUUCCGGAUCGCAAUCAUCGAGGCGACCCUCAGACAGGCCCUGGACGCGGCGAGGAGGGUGUACAGGUGGAAGUCGAGGGCGCGGACCCACGCGGAGCGCGCCACGUGGAUCGACUGCGUCCGGUUCCACGUGGGCACGGUCCGGCAGCUGAACCGGACCCUCCACGGGCUCCGCUCCCCGAAGUCGUGCACCGACUUCGACGCCCAGACGUGGCUCAGCACCUCGCUCACCAACCUCGAGACCUGCCUCACGGGCUCGGCCGACCUCAACGCCACGGACUGGGCCCGGCCCAUGAUGUCCGCCAACCUGUCGCGGCUCAUCAGCAACACGCUGGCGGUCAACGGCGGGCUGCUGGGGCCUCAGGAAGAGGAUGAUGUCGGUGGGGGAGAAACGGCGUCGUUUCCGAAGUGGUUCGGGUCCCGGCAGCGGCGGCGGCUGCUGCAGCAGCAGCCGUCGUUGGGGUCGGCGACCGUGAGGGGGAAUCUAGUGGUGGCGAAAGACGGGUCGGGUCAUUACAGGACGGUUCAGGAGGCGAUCGAUCGGGCGAAGAUGAGGAGGUAUCGGACGAGGUUUGUGAUCAGGGUGAAGAGUGGGGUCUACAGGGAGAACAUUGAGGUGGAUAAUGACAACGGAUAUAUUUGGCUGAUUGGUGACGGGGUGAGGAACACCAUUAUUACUGGCGAUCGUAGCGUCGGCGGUGGAUACACCACCUACAGUUCUGCAACCGCCGGAAUCGAAGGCCCACGCUUCGUGGCACGUGGCAUCACCUUCCGCAACACGGCGGGCCCCAGAAAGGGCCAGGCCGUGGCCCUCCGGUCAACCUCCGACCUCUCCGUCUUCUACCAGUGCAACUUCGAAGGCUACCAGGACACCCUCUUCGUCCACUCCCAGCGCCAGUUCUUCCGCGACUGCACCGUCUCCGGCACCAUCGACUUCAUCUUCGGCAACGCCGCCGUCGUCUUCCAGAACUGCGUCAUCUCGCCCCGCCGGCCCUUACCGGGCCAGGCCAACAUGAUCACCGCACAGGGCCGCAACGACCCGUUUCAGAACACCGGGAUCUCGAUCCACAACUCGCGGAUCGUGCCGGCUCCCGACCUCUUGCCGGUGGUCAGAGCUUUUAAGACGUAUCUGGGCCGGCCGUGGAUGCAGUACGCGCGGACGGUGGUGGUGAGGAGUUACGUGGACAGGUUCGUUUAUCCGGCGGGUUGGUCCAAGUGGCAGGAGAACAACGACUUUGCGAUCAACACGUUGUAUUUCGGGGAGUAUGGGAAUUACGGGCCGGGUGCUUCGACCCGGUACAGGGUCCGGUGGAAGGGGUACCAUGCGAUCAGGGAGAGGGCCGAGGCGUCGCGGUUUACGGUGAAUGGGCUUAUCGCAGGGAGGGCGUGGUUGCCGCCGACCGGGGUGCCGUUCACUUUGGGUCUUUGA